AUGUAUAAACUGCUUAAAGACAACAAAGGACGUUUAACUCAGAUCGAUGGCAGGGGUGCCUGGGCCAAUCAAGUUGUAGGAGGGUGUGGUUUGGAGAAAGUGAAUGACAGAGAAUGGAAUGAACGUGACCUACACUCCGGUAUUAAUACUGAACCAAUGGAUGUUGAGAGUGCUUGCCCUGCGCGCGAUGAAGAAAGUGAAAUGUAUUCAAUGGAGUUGUCUACAUGUGGAGCAGGCGAUAUAAGAAGGAAUUCUAGAAUAUCAACAGGAAAUUUGGCAUCAUCUAAUCAUCUUCCUUUUGAUAACUUUGAAUAUCCACAACAACUGGACAGACAACUGGAGCUUUUCCCUCAAUGGUGCUUUCCUAUCAAACUAGCUGGAAGCAUGUCCAUCGUUGUUUUCAUUUACACUUUGCUCAGGGACAUCAUUCAUCCCUUUAUGAUGGAAAACAAAAAUGUAUUUUAUAAAAUUCCGAUUUUGGUCAUGAACAAAGUUCUGCCUGUUGUUGCCAUCAUACUUUUGGCUUUAGUUUAUUUGCCAGGAAUUUUGGCAGCCAUUUUACAACUUUAUUUUGGCACUAAGUAUAGACAGUUUCCUCAAUGGCUAGCUUGCUGGAUGUUAUCACGGAAACAACUUGGACUUCUCAGCUUUUUUUAUGCUGUUCUCCAUGCAUUCUUCAGUCUGUGCUAUCCUAUGAGAAGAUCGUAUAGAUAUAAAUUACUGAACUGGGCUUAUCAGCAGGUGAAAGAAAACAAAGAAAAUGCCUGGAUUGAAGAUGAUGUCUGGAGAAUGGAAAUUUAUGUUUCUUUAGGAAUUUUAGGUCUCGCAAUUCUUGCUAUAUUGGCUGUGACUUCAGUUCCUUCUGUCAAUAAUACACUGAAUUGGAGAGAAUUCCAAUGUAUACAGUCCAAGAUGGGAUAUUGUGCAUUGUUCCUAUGUACUCUUCAUGCUCUUGUGUAUGCUUGGAGAAAAUGGGUGGAGCUCAAGUACUUCGUCUGGUAUACACCACCAACGUUUAUAAUUGCAGUUUUUUUGCCUAUUAUUGUUUUGCUAUGCAAAACAAUGUUUCUAUUCCCGUGCCUUGCAAAAAGAUUGGGUAGAAUUCGAAGAGGAUGGGAAUGGAAGUCGAAACAUAAAAUGGAUCUUUCCCUUUCUACUGAUGCUGUGGAAGAUGAGGUGCCAGCAAAAAGAUCAAUGCAUGAAGUGGAAGAUGAACAGUGACCCUACAGGGGAAAAUGAAUAGAACUUGCAACUGAAUAUUGUAACUCAUGUUAUCUAUGGAAAGCAUGUUUAUCUUUGUAUGCUGCAUCCUUUAUUCUGGAUAUCUUUCUUUCCAUUAAUUGCUUCUCAUUGAUUUAUUUAAAUUUAUGAAGUAUAUACUAUACAAAUGUAGUACUGCAUUACUUAGCAAGCUUGGGCAAGCAUAGGUGGAGAUUCUAAGUAGGUAAGUAAGAAAGUUUCUACUAAGCUUUUUUUUCUGAUAGUACAUAGCUAGUGCAUUGAGAAUGGAUCUGGAGAUAAUGGUAUGUUCCUUGAGUGAGAUGUGGGAAAUUGGGGAGAUCUCCAGUCUCCCUGAUAGUUACAUCUGCAUGAAGUGCAUCGAGCAGCAGCUCCUUAGAGACUGUGUUAAGGAACAGCAGCUGCUGCUGGAUGACCUUUGGCUCAGACGGACAAUGAGGAUGUGAUAGAUAGGAGCUACAGGAAGGUAAUUGCUGGAGGCAGGUACGUGGGUGACUGUCAGGAGAGUGAAAAGGAAUAGGCAGCCAGCGCAGAGUACCCCUGUAGCUGUUCCUCUCAAUAAUAAGUAUACUGCUUUGG